AUGAUUCGUCUACCAGCAAUCAUGGUCGCCCUUUUGACUUUUAGCGGCUGGACUAUCGCAGCUAACGUUCUCCGUGCUGAUAGACAACCUGCUACCGGGAAAGCCUUUUACACCGUGUUCCCAAAGCAAGGCAUCGAAGUCUCGGCAACCGAGGAUUUCAUCAAGAAAACCGUUGGUUCGGAUGACCUCUUGCCGUGGACAGAUGUCUCUGGGUCAAAUCUGAUUUCAUGGACCGUUGAGGCGUCACCUGAAGAAGUUGAAACGCUGAAGUCUCAUACCGGUAUUGGCCACGUGGAUCGCUUUGACCCUCCCAAGAAGCGUUAUGAGCCUGCGGUUGAAUGGCUGGCCGAAAGGGACGAAUCAGUCGGAAGCUACAUAGUAGCCCCCAGAGACGGAAAAGACCGCGACCAAUGCAAUAUAACUCAGAAGUUCUUGCAAGAUCUCCUCAAAACCGAUGAGCCUCCACAAGCAUUCAUAUGGAAAGAUGAGGUAGCAUAUUGGACUGUACAAAUGACCAGCGCUCAGCGAGAUGCAGCUGAAAAGGGCCCAGGUGGAGAAAGCAGCUUCGUCUACCAUAUUGAAAAUGGAGUCUCAUUCGAGAAACAAAAGUUGGAAUUUCCAAAUGUGGUUCCCAAACAAGACCACCUACAAACAUAUAAAGCACAAAUGUUUGGUAGAAAGCCCUCAGAGGACGCUGGUGACAGCUCGCAUAGCACUUGCACAGCUGGCAAGGCUGUCGGUGCCAAAUACGGGUCUUCGAAAAAGGCGAAACUCGUUGUUGUCCAGUUCGGACUAUCAAGUAUCUCUGAGCUGAAUCACUGCCUUGACGCUAUCAUAGAGGACGUUGCAAAAAAGCCCGAGCGAAAGAAGAAGAGCGUAGUAACCUUUUCAUUUACCGCCGGAGGUGACAACCCCGGUAGCAUAGCCCAGAAGGAAACAAAAAAGCUUCUCAAGAGCCUAUUUGAUGCCAAUAUCCCCAUGGUCGUUCCGGCAGGCAACGGAAAAGCAGGUGCAGAGGAAAGCGUAAAUGAGAUUCCAUCUGUCUGGGCGGGCGAUGAUAUUCCCUUGAUUGUCGCGGGUUCCGUUGACUUCGAUGGCAAAGUUUCACCCUUCUCGAAGAGAGGCUCACAAGUGAUUAUCCAUGCUCCUGGUAAAGAUAUAACUUGCAUGGCGAAAGAUGGAAACAAUCCCGUGACAGACUCGGGUACAUCGUUUGCCACACCGCUUGUGGCCGGCGAAAUAGCCAAUCUGCUAUCAUACGAAAAUGUACCGUUUGAUACAUCCGACCACAACUUGGUGAGAAGCCUCAGAGAGUAUAUUGCCUCCGACAGGUUCGGUUGGGCACGCGUGGACAAAAGUGCCAUUUGGAACGGUGUGGACGAGGCACAUAAUCCACCGGUCCCAGGCUCUGGCAGUGGCUCUGGAGGUUCCUCUGACAACAGUCCUCCGCCGUUGCACAAAGAGUGUGCUGGUCUCGACCGCAAAAAGUAUGUUGGCAGACAGGAACUGCAGCGCAUCAUCGAGCAGGACUUUUGCCCUACCGCAGUUAAACAGAGGAUCUUAGACAAGGAUUCGGGAGCCAUUACGCGGCAAUACAAUCAGGGCACCAGCGAUGCCGUCACAAUGGCGAUCGAAUGGGCCCCCGGCAUGAGUUUUGCGCCCAACCAGGACGCCUGCGUCAAGUACCUCUUACACGAGAUCACUGACGGCUGUGAUGGCGACGGCUCAGGCAACAACCCUGAGAACUUCAAAGGCGGCGGGUUCUUCUCAGUCGGGGAUGUAACGUACCGCAUUACCCCGAAUUCUCUGCGCCAGCCAGCCAAGAAUGGGAAAACGGGUGGCUGCGACUGCACGUACAAGGCCUUGUUCAACCAAUGUUGGGUGUGGGGAAGUGGAUGGCUGGGUGCCGACUGGGGCAAUGCACUGCAGGACCAGAUGAAGGACUGCGCAUUACUUCCGCAGACCUGGAGUUUUGAGUAUGGACUCGGCGACGAUGGUAGAGAGUGGUCGGCCAGUUUCCGGACGGGGAUUUGGCAGAAGCACUGCACUGGCGAGAAUGCCAAAGAGGCGGGUGCGCCAGGUGGGUUUGGAUGUAGUGGGUCUGGCUGA